AAGAGAGAGAACCUAAGGACUGAUGUUCACUUAUGGUGAAUUGUAAAAUCUCAAGAAUUCAAGUUCCUUAGCUCAAUUUCUCGUGGUGUAAUUUGCAGUGAUGUCUUCUCACGAUUCAGUAAGCACGGUGUUCAAAUGUAUGCAAAACGGAGCCGUUGAUUUUCUCAUUAAACCUGUUCGCAGGAAUGAGCUAAGGAACUUGUGGCAGCAUGUGUGGAGAAGACAUACUAUUAGCAAGCCUCCUCAAAAUAUAACAUUGGCACAUGAUAAACUUGAUGUUGCUGAAGAAAACAAUACUGCAAGUAAUAAUUCUAGUGGUUCUGUAGCUUCCACGCAGAAAAUCGAGUGCAGUGGAAAAAAUAGUGAGACUCCAGCUCAAGAUAUGUCCCAGCUGAAGAGUUCUUCGAGUUUGAGCAAUACAGACCAGGUGAAGCACGAAAAUUCUACCAAAUAUGAAUGGGAGUCUACCGAGUAUAAUGACGAAACAGGAGAGAAAUCAGCUUUAACAGCACCUAAAGCUGCAGGGUGUGGCAAAAUUUCAACAGGUUUAAGGCUAGGUCAAAGCUAUGAAUAUAAUGAAACAGAAAACCAAGAUGAAGAAGGGUUAAGAACAGAGUUAGGCAAAGCCAAUCCUCAUGUUAAUACAAAAAUUCAUCGACGCAAUGAUGAACUAGAAGAACAUUCUGCUGGGGCUAUUGACUUGAUGGCUACUUUUGAGAAUCUUCCAAAAAGCAGUUAUGCAGAUUGUAAUUUCAACGGUGGUAACACAGCCAAGUUAGAAUAUGAUACACAAUUGGAACUUUCAUUACAAAGAGAUUAUCCUGGCAGCUCAUCUAAACCUACCACUGAGGAAAGGCAAAAAUUGAAUCAUUCAAAUGAUUCUCCAUUUUCUCGGUGAGCUCACUAUUUGAUU